AUGAUCUCGCGAUAUCUCGCCACGGCGGCGGCCCUCGUGGGCCUCGCCGUCGCGCAGACGACCAGCGACUGCAACCCCCUCAACGAGACCGACUGUAAACCCAACCCGGCCUUCGGCACCAACCACUACUGGCACUUCAACGAGACGCCUUCGAUUGACCUGUGGGAGACGCACGUCGGCUACGUACCCUACGACGAGGACAAGGGCGCCACCUUCACCGUCACCAACCAGGGCGACUCGCCCACCAUCCGCACCACCUUCUACUUCUUCUUCGGCCGCACCGAGCUGCACCUCAAGGCGGCCGGCGGCGUCGGCAUCGUCAGCUCCAUGAUGUGGCUGAGCGACGACCUGGACGAGGUGGACUGGGAGCUGCUGGGCUACAACGACACGCACGCCACGACAAACUACUUCGGCAAGGGCCGCGAGGACUUCUCCGUCGCCGAGUCGCACUACAUGAAGGACGGCAUGCAGAGCGACUACCACAACUACACGACCGUCUGGACCUCGUCCAAGCUGGAGUGGUUCAUCGACGGCUCCCUGGUCCGCACCCUGAAGCCCGACGACGCCAACAGCACGCAGAACUACCCGCAGACCCCCAUGCGCCUGAGUAUCGGCAUCUGGGCCGGCGGUGAUCCCUCGCUCCCGGAUGGUACCCGAGAGUGGGCCGGCGGCACCACCGACUACACCAAGGGCCCGUUCAACAUGUACGUCAAGAGCGUCACCGUCGAAGACUACAGCUCCGGCAAGGAGUACUCCUACGGCGACCAGAGCGGCACCUGGAAGAGCAUUGAAAUCACUGCCGGCAACUCGACGGCCUACGAGGCUCUCCACACAGAACCUAAAAAGUCCACUGCUGAGAAGUGGCAGUCGCUGCCCACCGCGACCAAGACGGCCGUGUACGCAGGCGGUGCGGGUGCCCUGGCCGCCGGUGUCGCUGGCCUCGCCUUCUUCUUCCUCAAGCAGCGCCGUGCGGGCAACGCAGAGGCCCAGGCGGCUACCGAGAAGGCCGAGUCGGAGCGCCAUGAGCUGAUGGGGUUCAAGAACGGCGAGGACUCUGCGAACCAGGGACACGAGUACAGCUCCGGCGGAUGGAGUAGGUUGUAA